AUGCACGGCGCCGACGACAGAACCAUCCAAUACGCCGACUCCGACGCCGAGUGGCGACACGGAGGCCCGAUAUCACCACGAGCUUUGCGGCGGGACGCCUCUCAACAAGUAUUGCAGCUAGACAGCGAGGUCGCCGCCUCGGGCGACGCGACCGCACCUAAGACGUCGUACGACACAACGAUGCCACCCGACGGAAGGGAUGCACUGGCGGACUUUGCGUCUGCUUGCGAGGGCAAGGGCAGAGCGUGGCGCGCCGAAGGCGACGCCGCCGUGCGACUCGAGUGGCGGGAAGCCAAGACCAUGAACGCAGACGGAGCUGGGGUCGAGCCGUGGAACACGGCAGAGCACGACAAGGCAGUCCACGGCCCAACGCCCGAAGGCGGGACGACGAACCCGAUGGAGAGCGAGCCGCCAGUGAGUGAGACGUACGACGACGAGGGAGACGACGAGAAAGACGAGAACGCCUCGGCGGACGACGAAAUGGCCUUUAUCGACGAUGAGUUCUUCGAGCUCCCCGACGCAGCAACGGAGGAAGGGGCGGAGGGCGGGGGGAGCCAGAGUCAGUACAGCCAACAGAGUCAGGAGGGCCAUUUCACUGUGGCACAGCUCGCGUUACAAAACCUUGAUUUUGACCAUGCGCGAAAAAGCGAGACUGUGCUGGAGGAGCUCGAGAGCGAGGAGGAGUGGGAGAAGGAGGCGGCGGCGCAGGCGGCGGCGUCCGCCUCCAGCUCUUCCCUAGGCCGCUUUGAGCCCGCCGAGGCGGGCACAAGCUGCGAGGUCUUUUGCAUGGGCAGAUUUGGGAAUGAAAUGAAGAAAACACGGAAAUAA